UCAAAUUCUGAAAAAAAAAAAAAAAACCCCUCCCCCGCUUUCAGUCAUCUACUCCUCUCGGCUCCGUUGGUUCUUUUUCGCUAUCUCAGUUUUUUCUGAUCUUCUCUCUCUCUCUUUCGGUACUCAGUACACCAGAGAGAGAGAGGGAGAGAAGUAAUGGAGGAGACAUCAGGAGCGUCUCUGCCAUCAGGGCCUGAUGGUAAGAAGAGGAGGGUAACCUACUUCUACGAGCCAUCAAUAGGGGACUACUACUACGGCCAGGGCCACCCAAUGAAGCCCCACAGAAUCCGAAUGGCCCACAACCUCAUCGUCCACUACUCCCUCCACCGUCGGAUGGAGAUCAACCGUCCCUUCCCCGCCGGCCCCGAUGAUAUCCGACGUUUCCACUCCGACGACUACGUGGAAUUUCUCUCCUCCGUCACUCCUGAGACCCUCCACGACCACACCCAUUCACGGCACCUCAAGCGCUUCAAUGUCGGUGAAGACUGCCCAGUCUUCGACGGCCUCUUCCCUUUCUGCCAGGCCUCCGCCGGCGGUUCCAUCGGCGCCGCCGUCAAGCUCAAUCGCGGCGACGCAGACAUUGCCCUCAACUGGGCUGGUGGAUUGCAUCACGCCAAGAAGAGCGAGGCCUCUGGUUUCUGUUAUGUCAACGACAUCGUUCUUGGUAUCCUUGAGCUUCUUAAGGUCCACAGGCGGGUGUUGUAUGUAGAUAUUGACGUCCACCAUGGAGAUGGAGUUGAGGAGGCAUUUUUCACAACAGACAGAGUCAUGACCGUUUCUUUUCAUAAAUUUGGGGACUUUUUUCCUGGAACAGGACAUCUGAAGGAUAUAGGAGUUGGGACUGGGAAGUACUAUGCUCUUAAUGUCCCUCUAAAUGAUGGAAUGGAUGAUGAUAGUUUCCGGGGCCUGUUUCGGCCUAUCAUUCAGAAAGUCAUGGAGGUUUAUCAGCCAGAUGCAGUAGUUCUCCAAUGUGGGGCCGAUUCCCUGUCAGGGGACAGGUUGGGGUGCUUUAACCUGUCAGUGAAGGGCCAUGCUGACUGCCUUCGUUUCCUUAGAUCCUUCAAUGUUCCCUUGAUGGUCUUGGGUGGGGGAGGGUAUACAAUCCGUAACGUUGCUCGUUGCUGGUGCUAUGAGACAGCUGUUGCCGUAGGGGUGGAACCUGAAAAUAAAUUGCCUUAUAACGAAUACUAUGAAUACUUUGGCCCUGAUUAUACUCUUCAUGUCGAACCAAGCAGCAUGGAGAAUCAAAAUUCACCAAAAGAUUUGGAGAAAAUGAGGAAUGUGCUGUUGGAGCAACUUUCAAGAAUAAUGCAUGCUCCUAGUGUACAAUUUCAGGCACGGCCACCAGACACUCAAGUUCCAGAUGAGGGAGAGGAGGACAUGGAUCAAAGACCAAAACCGCGCAUUUGGGGUGGUGAAGAUGUUGGGUCUGAAUCGGAGGAUGAUGAAAAUCCUCAAUAUGACAACUCCGAUGUAGUUGAUCAGUCUCUGGCAGACAUCGGCACAAGAGAAAUCAAAGAAGAAAUAGAAGAGGAAAAAGAAGCCAAAGAAGAAAAUCUACCCUCUGCUGAAAUGGCUGAAGCUCAAUAGAUCCUGGUUCAAGUGCGUCUCCAGAUGCUUCUCAUUAUUGGAUUGUCGCUUGAUCAAGGUCUACCAUCCCACCACAGAUGUACUCUCUUAUGCUCGCUUUACCGGCUUUUCGAUGACUUUUGCCAUUGGAGGUAGGUAUUCUCAGAUCAAGACACUGCUUCUUUUUCCCCAACCAUUUUGGGGUUGCAAACGAAGUGCAGAUUAUAUUGGUGGGUAUAAAUCUACAGAUUAUCCUAAAAACAUUAUAUUAAAACUGUCGUCGUCCUAGUAGUAAUUCACUUUUAUGUCCUAGAGAUAAUGUUUUUCCCUUUUCAUUUUGUUGAUGGAAAUUAGAAUUUGAGUUUUAACUGCAUAGAAUAGAUAUUGCAGCUAAGAAGAGGCCUUCCUCCUUUUAUUGUCCAAAAGCUUGAAGAAAUCCUUUUUGUCCCUUCUUGACUUGUAAUGCAACAAGUAGCUGAAAAUUGUAUUUUUAUAAUAGUUCCUUUACAUUUGGUUGGGUCCA